AUGGCCACACAAGAAAUUAUUGAUUCUGCACUUCCGUACUUGACAAAGUGGUAUACUGUUAUCACUUUAGCAGCUUUGGUUUUCUUAAUUUCAUCUAAUAUUAAAAAUUACGUCAAGGCUAAGAAGUUGAAAUGCAGAGAUCCUCCAUAUUUCAAAGGAGCCGGUUGGACAGGUAUUAGUCCAUUAAUUGAAAUUAUUAAAGUUAAAGGUAAUGGUAGAUUGGCAGAUUUUGCCGAUAAAACAUUCGACGACUAUCCAAACCAUACUUUUUACAUGUCUAUUAUUGGUGCUUUGAAAAUCGUCUUGACUGUUGAUCCAGAAAAUAUUAAAGCUGUUUUGGCUACUCAAUUUACUGAUUUCUCCUUAGGUACCAGACAUGCUCAUUUCUAUCCAUUAUUAGGUGAUGGUAUUUUUACUUUGGAUGGUGAAGGUUGGAAACAUAGUAGAGCUAUGUUGAGACCACAAUUUGCUAGAGAUCAAAUUGGUCAUGUUAAAGCUUUGGAACCACAUAUUCAAAUCUUGGCCAAACAAAUUAAAUUGAAUAAAGGUAAAACUUUUGAUAUUCAAGAAUUGUUUUUCAGAUUUACUGUUGAUACUGCUACUGAAUUCUUGUUUGGUGAAUCUGUUCACUCUUUGUAUGAUGAAAAAUUAGGUAUUCCUACUCCAAAUGAAAUUCCAGGUAGAGAUAAUUUUGCAACUGCUUUUAACACUUCUCAACAUUAUUUGGCUACCAGAACAUACUCCCAAACUUUCUACUUUUUAACUAACCCUAAGGAAUUUAGAGACUGUAAUGCUAAAGUUCAUUACUUGGCUAAAUAUUUUGUCAAUAAAGCUUUGAAUUUCACUCCGGAAGAAAUUGAAGAAAAGUCCAAAUCUGGUUAUGUUUUCUUGUAUGAAUUGGUUAAACAAACCAGAGAUCCAAAAGUUUUACAAGAUCAAUUAUUGAACAUUAUGGUUGCCGGUAGAGAUACCACUGCUGGUUUAUUAUCAUUUGCAAUGUUUGAAUUAGCUAGACAUCCAGAAAUUUGGUCUAAAUUAAGAGAAGAAAUUGAAGUUAACUUUGGUGUUGGUGAAGAAUCUCGUGUUGAAGAAAUUACUUUUGAAUCUUUGAAGAGAUGUGAAUACUUGAAAGCUAUUCUUAAUGAAACUUUGCGUAUGUAUCCUUCUGUUCCAGUCAAUUCCAGAACAGCCACUAGAGAUACCACAUUACCAAGAGGUGGUGGUCCAAAUGGUACUGAUCCAAUUUUUAUUCCAAAGGGUUCCACUGUUGCUUAUAUUGUUUACAAAACUCAUCGUUUAGAAGAAUAUUAUGGUAAAGAUGCUGAUGAUUUCAGACCAGAAAGAUGGUUUGAACCAUCAACUAAAAAGUUAGGUUGGGCUUAUGUUCCAUUUAAUGGUGGUCCAAGAAUUUGUUUAGGCCAACAAUUUGCUUUAACUGAAGCUUCUUAUGUUAUUACCAGAUUGGUACAAAUGUUUGAAACUGUUUCUUCUUCCCCAGAUGUUGAAUACCCUCCACCAAAAUGUAUUCAUUUGACUAUGAGUCAUGAUGAUGGUGUUUUCGUUAAAAUGUAA